AAUCACAAGUGUAGGAUUGGGAUACCGUAAACUAACAUAUAUCACAGUCAAAUCCAAGUUAUCGGUUAAAGUUCAGUUGAAUGCCGAGAGACGCUUUGAACAUAAUGGACACUCAUGUGAAAGCAGGACAAGUUUACCUUCAACACAGAAAUGUAGGAAAGAAGUGGAAGCAGCAUUGGCUGACUCUCUACCCCUCCAGCCGCUGCGGUGUAGCCAGGCUAGAGCGCCAGGAAGUGGGGGGAGGAGAGCGGGCCGGUCCCUCUGGGGUCUGGAAGCACCAGGACAAAGUUAAGGAGAAGAGGGUGAUCCGCCUGUCAGAGGUCAACCUUACUGCUGUGAUCAGGGUCCUGAGGCUGCCCCCACACGCUGAGGCCUGCCCCAAAGACAACAUGGCCGCCUUCUGUGUGGAGACCGACGGCAGGAGGUACGUCUUCGCAGCGGAUAAGGACGACUGCGUGGAGUGGGUGGAGAGGAUGUGUGACCUCGCCUUCCAGGGAGGCUCCACUGGUCAGCAGCCGCAAAUUCAGAUGGAGGACAACCAGAUCUACGUCUCCAGGGAGGAAGUUAGUGAGUUCAGGGUGGGUGUGAAGCAGACGGAUAAUAACUUGUCUUGCUGCAACCUCCAGGGGGAGUACUAUUGGCUGCAAGUGGCCCAGGAGGCCGUCACAGUACGGUACUAUGGCAGAGACAAGUUGACGUUCAACAUCGAGGCGGGCCGGCGCUGUGACUCUGGACCCGGAACCUUCACCUUUGAGACGUGCCAAGCUGACGACAUCUUCAGCCUCAUCGAGGCCGCCAUACGGGAACAGAAGGCCGUCGCCGGGGACGAAUGUGAGGGCGACACUGUGGUUGCUAACCAUAGCCCUAAUAUGCCUCGUGCUCGUUCCCCACUGCCCAAACUGCCAGAUAGUGCAACCAUUUUGGAGGGCAGCUACAGUUUUAAACCAGUAUUUUCAAAUGCUAUUGGCUCAGAGCAGUGUUUGUACUCACAGCCGCCUAAUUUGAUUGGCUCUGAGGAGUGUCCGUACUCUGAGCCAGCAGACAGUAUUAAACCCAAAGCCCCCAGCCUCAACUCCUAUCUGACGCCCCCAACAGCCUCCACCCUCACCCCUCUAUCCCUCUACACCCGCAAUCACCAUGUCAACCAGAACGGAACCAGUGUACGCCGACCCAGCAGACAUCCUCACCACUCACACCCCCGCGAUCUGCACACCACCACCACCCCCGCCCACUUCCUCUUCCUGCUCUUAUCACCACGACAACAAGCCAGAGCCGGUCUACUCCGAGGUGUGCUGACCAUUUGA